GUCACACACACUGAGCAGAACACUGAUGACCCUCCUCAUCCUCACUGACUGAUGAAGAGUUGCUGAAUCACUUCUACAACACUUAAGUUUGGGCCAAUAGUUGUGCUCGUGUUGCAGGACUGUCGUCAUCAUCAUGCCUCCUCAGCAGCAGUCCCAGAACCGGGCCGUGUCUCGAGUCCUGCAGGACGUCCCGGCGGAUCUGAGUCCAGCGCUGCGAGAGUUCAUCGAGAACAGCGUGAGUCUCUGCCAGCCGGACUCGCUCCACAUCUGUGACGGGUCCGACGAGGAGAACCGGGCCGUGCUCAGUCUGCUGGAGGAACAGGGCGUCAUCACACAACUACACAAGUACAACAACUGCUGGCUGGCGCGCACAGACCCGCGAGACGUGGCCCGAGUCGAGAGCAAGACGGUGAUCGUGACCCCGGAGCAGCGAGACGCGGUUCCUUCACCUCGAGGCGGAGGCGUCAGUGAACUCGGCCGAUGGAUGUCACCCGAGGAAUGGGACAAAGCCAAGAACCUGCGCUUCCCGGGCUGCAUGAAAGGUCGUGUGAUGUACGUGAUCCCGUUCAGCAUGGGUCCGGUUGGGUCUCCGCUCUCGAAGAUCGGUGUGGAACUGACCGACUCCCCGUAUGUCGUGGCCAGUAUGAGGAUCAUGACCCGCGUGGGAAAGGCCGUUCUGGACGCGCUCGGGAACGGAGAGUUUGUGAGAUGCCUUCACUCCGUCGGAUGCCCACUUCCCCUCAAGAAGCCGCUGGUGAAUAACUGGCCCUGUAACCCGGAUCUCACGCUGAUCGCACACAUCCCGGAGCAGAGGAGCAUCGUGUCGUUCGGCAGCGGGUACGGGGGGAACUCUCUACUGGGAAAGAAGUGUUUCGCUCUUCGAAUCGCGUCUCGCAUCGCUAAAGAGGAGGGCUGGCUGGCCGAACACAUGCUGAUCCUGGGCAUCACUAACCCGGCGGGACAGAAGAAGUAUUUCGCGGCGGCGUUCCCGAGCGCGUGUGGCAAGACGAACCUGGCCAUGCUGAAGCCCUCUCUGCCGGGCUGGAAGGUGGAGUGUGUCGGAGACGACAUCGCCUGGAUGAAGUUCGACACCGAAGGGAAUCUCAGAGCCAUCAACCCAGAGAACGGUUUCUUCGGUGUGGCACCAGGAACCUCCAGCAGAACCAACCCGAACGCCAUGCACACCAUCCGCCAGAACACCAUCUUCACCAACGUGGCCGAGACCAGCGCCGGCGGGGUUUACUGGGAGGGCAUGGAUGAGGAUCUGCCCGAGGGAACGACCCUGAAGUCCUGGAAGAACCGGCCCUGGACGCCCGAGGACGGCGAGCCGUGCGCUCAUCCCAACUCACGCUUCUGCACGCCGGCCGGCCAGUGUCCCAUCAUCGACCCGCAGUGGGAGUCUCCCGAAGGCGUUCCCAUCGAGGCCGUGAUCUUCGGUGGGCGUCGGCCCGAGGGCGUCCCGCUGGUGUACGAGGCUUUCGAUUGGUCACACGGAGUGUUUGUGGGCGCGGCCAUGAGAUCCGAAGCCACGGCGGCCGCCGAACACACAGGUAAAGUCAUCAUGCACGACCCGUUCGCCAUGCGCCCGUUCUUCGGCUAUAACUUCGGUCAGUAUCUGUCCCACUGGCUGAGCAUGCAGGACCGCCCCGAUGCCAAACUGCCCAAGAUCUUCCACGUCAACUGGUUCCGCAAGAGCGCGUCGGGCCGGUUCCUGUGGCCCGGCUUCGGGGACAACAUCCGUGUGCUGGAGUGGAUGUUCCGCAGGAUCAGCGGCGAGGCCGGAGCGAUGCCCAGCGCCGUCGGGUUCCUGCCCGUCCAGCUGAACCUCAGAGGUCUCCCGUCGGACCUGGACCAGGACCAGCUCUUCCACAUCUCAGCCCAGUUCUGGAGCCGGGAGAUGGAGGAGAUCCGAGCGUACUUCCGGCGCGAGGUGAACCAGGACCUGCCCGCAGAGAUGGAGCGCCAGCUGGAGAUGCUGGAGCAGAGAGUGGCACGGCUGUGAGAGCCGCAACUCUUUAUAUUUCUAAUCAGUGGCUGAACCUGCUAUGGAAUUAAACAAAAAAAAAACUAAAUUUUUUAUCUUGCAUUUAUAUUUUUUUGACAUAAACUUGGAAUUCCAAGGAAAAAAAGUCAGAAAUGUAAGAUAUAAACUCGUAAUUCCGAGGAGAAAUGUGGAAUUUUAAGAUAUAAACUUGGAAUUCUGAGGGGAAAAAGUUGGAAAGAAUUCCAAGGAAAAAUUAGUCAUUUUAAGAAAUAAACUCAAAAUUCUGAAGAGAAAAGUCAGAAUUGUGAGAUAUAAACUUGGAAUUCCAAGGAAAAAUUCUGAAUGGUAACAUAUAAACUUGGAAUUCUGAGGAAAAAAGUCAGAAUUGUGAGAUAUAAACUUGAAAACAAAUUCAGAAGAAGAGCUUCCACAGACUGAGACGGAAAUGUCAAGCUGCCGAAGAUCUGAUGACAUCUAUGUAUGAACUUAAAGGACUGUUUGUUAUUUAACCUUAUAAAUUAUUGAUGCAAAAUGUCCAACUAUGUUCACAUUUAUAUAUUCAGCGGGAGUCUUUAUGGCAGAAAACUUUAAACUCUUUGCAACCAUUUCAUUUUUCUAAAUGUCUUAAAUUAUUUUUGUAUUUCUAUGCCUUUUGAUAUCUAGAUCUCCUUAUGAUCUAGAUAUUAAUAAUAAAGAUAUUUAAAUGUA